AUGCUAUUCAGCCUGCUGCUUUGUAGCCUGGUGUGUACUCAGGUGCUUGGGAAUCAGGCAAACGGGCCCAUCCACUGGGCUGUUCUUGUUGCCGGAUCAAGCGGUUGGGAAAAUUAUCGUCAUCAGGCUGAUGUUUGUCACGCCUACCAACUUUUGUUGAGAAAUAAAAUUCCACCGAGCAACAUCAUUACUAUGAUGUACGAUGAUGUGGCCCGUAAUCCACAUAACUGUUAUCCUGGACAGCUGUUUAACGAUUACAAGCACAGAGAUGUAUACCGGGGUGUCCAGGUUGAUUAUCGUCGCGAUGAGGUUACGCCUGAGACGUUUCUACGUGUCCUUUUGGGUGAUCCGGAAUUGAAGAAGGCCGGAAAGAAGGUGCUCGAAUCUGGACCAGAAGACAAUGUGUUCAUCUUUUUCACCGAUCACGGGGCUCAAAAUCUGCUUGCAUUUCCCUACGCAGAGCUCCAUGCCAGAGAACUUCAAGAAACGUUGAAGAAAAUGUAUGAACAAAAUCGUUACAAGAAUAUGGUCCUGUAUAUCGAAGCAUGCUACUCUGGAUCAAUGUUUGAAAAUCUUCUCCCCACGAACAUGAGCAUAUUUGUCACAACCGCGGCAAACGCCCACGAAUCCAGCUGGGCCAGCUUUUGUAACGACCCGAAAAUACACACUUGCUUGGCCGACGAGUACUCUUACACUUGGAUGUCAGACUCUGAAACGCACGAUUUGAACUAUUGGACCUUGGACGAUCAAUUUCAGUUCGUGAAGCGUCAUGUACCAAGUAGCCACGUCAUGGAAUACGGUGAUAAAAAAUUAUCCAAUAUGCCUGUUGCUUCGUUCCAAGCUGGAGGAAAGCGUUCGCUUCCGGAUAAUGAACAGAGUGUUGCAACGAAGGAUUCGCGACCUGCUAUUCAGGCACACUUGGUCCAUCUGAUGCACCAAGUCAAAUCAGCCAACUCGCCAGAUGAAAUGGAGCGAGCUCAUCGGCAUCUACACCGUGCGUUAGAGGUUCCCGAAGUGGCCCAAGAAUUGCGCAAGUUGGAUCAGCUGUGCAAACAAGGUUAUGAGGUGGAGAAGAUUGUGCAAGUAAUAUUUGAUGUGUGCAGUUAA